AUGUUACAUGCAAGUGUACCACUUCUAUCAAAGUUUGUUGUUCAUGUUUGUUUAAAUUAUGACGUCAAGCGCGGUGGUGUCUACGCAUUCUCGAGUGGAACGAGAGAUGUGAUUGAGCUGAGGUUGGUUGAGGUUUUAAGAGCUAUGGUGAGAUUUCAAGCUUGUUUUUUGAAGCCCAUGAAGCUAAGGCCAAGGUUGUUUAAGAGGGGUAGGGUAGAUGAGAAGAAGAAUGUGAAGAGCGAAUUGCCUGGUUAG